UGCCGAGGAUUGAAAAUCAACAAGCACUACUUGCCAAAUGCCAUGGUUCAAGAGGUAUUGUAAUUUGUGUCUUUUUUGAUUCUGGCAUUUAAUGUCCCCUACCAUACCGAAAGAAAUUCCAAGGCGUAUGCCUCAACCGGCAACAAAGCUAGCUUUUUGUCCCCAACGACAUUUCCUGUACUAUUCCGACACUUCUUGAUACAUUUUAAUUGGCUUAAGGCCACGUGAUCUCUUAUUAGUAGAUCUCUUAUUAUUUGUUGUAGAUGACGCCUGGAGAGCUCAAGUUUGCGCUGUGCGUUGAAGCAGCCCUGAAUCGCAUCCCAGAGCCAGAGUACCGUCAGCUUGUAGUGGAGAUGCUGAUGGUGUUGUCGCUUGUUGUCGAGUAUCAUCCUGAACAGACUCUUGGCGACACUAUUGAUGUUGAUGAAUUAGUGUGGGAAGGCCAUAACUUGUACCUCAACGAUCAGGUCAGUGACAUGAUACACUUGUUAUCGUUGGAAGCGCAUCAGUUUUUAAGGAACAUACAUACCCAGCUUAAAGCUUUACGGUCUGAAUGCACACUUUUGAGCAAACUUACUGUCGUUUGACCCCUCGUCUAAUUGUAAGUUGUGUGCAAAAUCAUAAGGAAUCUAAAGACUGGAUUUUGCGUUAAUUCUAAGUUCUAUUUCAAUCAGCCGUGUUGCCAUGGCAGCGAUCGAAAUCUUAGUUUUACAAAUAUAUUUUGUCCAUGCAAUAUUUUGUACCUGCAACGAGACUUCAGUAACAUCCCGAUGAACGGCAACGAUCCACAACCUAUCAAACUUUGUUUUAACUUUGUUUAUCCACCUUAAAACCAGUUAUGUAAAAAUCAAGUUUGCUUCGUGGAAAUAGUUUACUUCUUCGGUGCAUGUUGCAAUGAACUUACAUACACUGUUUACCUCAGAACUCCUUCUCAUUUUCUUAUCGGAUCGUGUUUAUUUUAACUGGUAUACUAUUGUCUUACUAUUUCAGAUAAACAUUAAAGGUGAUUCCACCAUGUGCUGUGCUCGCCCUCCUAACGAAAAAAUCAGUUGCGGCGGAGCUGCGGGGAUUUGUCGUUACUUCUACGACACCGCGCCCAGUGGUCGCUUUGGGACAAUGACUUACUUCUCCAGAGCUGUCGCCAAACGCGUCAGCUUCUUACCUCACCUGAAUGAAUGCGUCGUAGCCUAA